CCCCCCAAAAUAAUCAUCUAUCAAAUCAUGAAGAUUUAUACUACUACUCUAUCCUUGCUUCUUACCUUCAUUUUUCUCUCCUCAUCGACUUGUAGUGAAAGCAACCGCCACUUUCUUCAAUGCCUCUCCCAAAAUGAAAAAUCCAACAACUUCUCUUCCAUUUCCAAUCUCAUCUACACCCCAAACAAUUCUUCCUACAUUUCAAUCCUACAAUUUUCCAUCCAAAACCUAAGAUUCAUCUCCGAAUCCACCCCCAAACCACAACUCAUCAUAACCCCGAAACUCGAAUCUCAAAUCCCACCCAUCAUACACUGCGCCAAAGCCACAAACCUCCAAAUCCGAACCCGAAGCGGCGGCCAUGACUUCGAAGGACUAUCUUACGUUGCAAAACUCCCCUUUCUCCUCCUCGACCUAAUCCACCUUACCGAUAUCAAAAUCGACGUCGUCGCGAAAACCGCAUGGGUCCAAGCAGGCGCCACAGUCGGUGCUCUAUACCACACGAUAGCCGAGGCAAGCCCGGUUCUCGGAUUCCCCGCCGGAAGCUGCCUAACCCUGGGAGUCGGUGGCCACUUCAGCGGCGGAGGCUACGGGACUUUGAUGAGGAAACACGGACUCGCUGCUGACCAAGUCAUCGAUGCGAGAAUAGUCAACUCUCGCGGUCAAAUUCUCGACAGAAAGUCAAUGGGCGAGGAUCUAUUCUGGGCUAUCAGAGGCGGCGGCGGGGCCAGUUUUGGUGUGAUUCUUGCAUGGAAAGUGCGACUAGUGGAUGUUCCUGAAAUAGUCACUGUCUUCAGAAUCCAGAGGAGUCUGGAGCAGAACGCGACUCAGCUCGUCCACCGCUGGCAGUCUGUGGCCCCGGAACUGGACCGUGAUCUCUUAAUUGGAGCGCUGAUAGGUCCCGGCCAAGACGAGAUCACGAAGAAAGCGACUAUCCGUGCUACUUUCUUCUCGGUCUUUCUUGGCCGGGCCGAGAAAUUACUAAAGGUGUUGCAAAUCAGAUUUCCGGAGCUAGGGUUAGCGAGAGAAGACUGCACGGAGAUGAGCUGGAUCCAGUCGACGCUAUUCAUCGCCGGAUUCCCGAUCGAAUCACGUGAAGUUCUUCUCAACAGAAGCGAUCCCGGCGUGAGGAGCUUCAAAUCGAAGUCGGAUUACGUGCAGAAGCCGAUACCAGUGAAGGGGCUCGAGGGAAUAUGGCGGCGGCUGUUGGAGCCGGAAGCGGCAGCGGCGUUGGUGCUGUUGAUGCCGUACGGCGGAAGAAUGGCGGAGAUUAGAGAGUCGGCGCUUCCGUUUCCGCAUAGGGGUGGGAAUCUGUUUGAGGUUGCUCCGGUGGUGUAUUGGAGUGAAGAUGGAGGUGGGGAUUCGGAGAGGUAUGUAGAUUGGAUAAGAAGGCUUGAGAGUUACUUGACGCCUUAUGUUUCGUCUUCUCCGAGGGCGGCGUACUUCAACUACAGAGAUCUCGAUAUCGGUGUUAAUGGGGAUGGAGGGAAAGCGAUGAGUUACACACGAGCUGGGAUUUGGGGUGCAAGAUAUUUCAAGGGUAAUUUCGCUCGGCUUGUUCGAGUUAAAACUCUGGUUGAUCCCAGUAACUUUUUCAAGAAUGAGCAAAGCAUUCCACCGCUGAAAGUAAGAGAAUAGAGAUUACAGUAGCUUCUUCCGUCCCAAUAAAUAUGCAACAUUUUAAUAAAAAAAAAAAGUGGAUAAUAUAGAUUUUAUUGAUUUUGUGUGCAUUAUUUACACGAACAUGGCAUAACAUGGGUCACUUUAAAAUUUGUGAUUAUUUCAAAAAAUAAAUAUGUUUAUAAUUGUUUUCA